AUGGAAGAAAGUGUUUCGGGGCCGAUGCACUCGUCUUUCAUAGGAACCGACCAACUACAGUACUCCUUGGAUCCGGCCGAACUGCAAUCGUUUGCAGCUCAAGUCGCCAAUGGCAUGGCUCACCUAGAAUCGCUGAACAUAACCCAUCGAGACCUCGCUGCUCGUAAUAUUCUGGUAGGCGAGAACAAGCAGCUGAAGAUCAGCGACUUUGGAAUGUCGCGACUGGGGGUCUACGUAAAGAUGAGCAAAGGAGUGAUUCCACUGCGCUGGCUGAGUCCAGAAGCGAUCCGGGACAAUGUUUAUUCAACGAAAAGCGACGUUUGGGCUUAUGGUAUCGUAUUGUGGGAGAUAGUGACAUUAGGUGGAUUUCCUUAUCCAACGGUGUGCGACAAGGAUAUGUUACAGUACUUGCUUGAUGGAAAUCGACUAGAGAAACCAAUCAGCUGUUCUGACGAAAUAUAUGCGGUGAUGACUGAGUGUUGGCGUCUGUGCGCUCGAGAUCGACCGUCGUUCGUAUGCUUGUGUGAUCGUCUCGGAUCUCUUUCUAUCCCUUAUGUGGAAUUUGCCCCGAACACGACACUUCCUCCUCAUGGUACGUUACUUUCCGGCUACUGCUUCCCUUAA